GAAAAAUGAAUAAUCUAGUACGCGAAAAAUCUGUUAUUGUUCUAGUCCAGAAAGCGCUCUUUCUUUCUCUUCUUGUCUCCCAUAGACAAAACACUUCGAUUCCCGAAAAUCACGUGGAAAAAUAAGGAAAAUGGUUACUAAAAAGCCAGUAAGCAAAAAGAAGGUUGUUGGCAAGAAAGUUGCUGCAGCACCAUUAUCAAAAUCAGCAGUCGCUAAGAAGACUGCAACAAAUCCACUUUUCGAAAAACGCCCGAAGAACUACGGAAUCGGUCAGAAUGUACAGCCUAAACGUGAUCUCUCAAGAUUCGUAAGAUGGCCCAAAUACAUUCGUAUCCAACGCCACAAGGCAAUUUUACAAAAGCGCUUGAAGGUUCCUCCACCAAUUCAUCAAUUCUCUCAAGCUGUUGACAAGCAAACUGCAAUUCAAUUGUUCAAGGUUUUGGAAAAGUAUCGUCCAGAAACAAAGCUCCAAAAAUCAGCUCGUCUUAAGAAGACAGCAGAAGCUAAAGUUGCAGGAAAGGACGAAGCACCCUCAAAAAAGAAGCAAUUGUUGAGAGCUGGAUGUAAUACAGUCACCAAAUUAGUUGAGCAAAAGAAAGCUCAAUUGGUUAUUAUUGGACACGAUGUUGAUCCAAUUGAAUUGGUCUUGUUCUUACCAGCCCUCUGCCGUAAAAUGGGAGUUCCAUACUGUAUCGUUAAGGGUAAAUCACGCUUGGGACGAUUAGUUCACCGUAAGACCUGCACAACUCUUGCAUUGACAAACGUCGAUAAUGCUGAUCGCGCUAACUUUGCUAAGAUUGUUGAAGCCAUUAAGACAAACUACAAUGAUCGUUAUGAUGAAAUUCGUCGUCAUUGGGGUGGUGGUUUACUCGGACCAAAAUCAAUGGCUCGCAUUGCUAAAGUUGAAAAGGCAAAGGCUAGAGAAUUGGCCCAGAAACAAGGAUAAAUAAUUUGUAUUCCUAUAUGACCUGUUGAAUUAUCCAGCUAAAAUCUUAUGGAUAAGAAUAAAAGAUAAAUCC